AUGGACCUGCCCCCGGAGCUCCACCUUCACAUUUCCAAAUACCUAAUUUACCCCGACGCUCUCUCCCUCAAGCACGUGAACCGCUACUUCUUCGCCCUCGUCCACACCGGCAUCACUUUGAAAGUCGAGUGGCUGAUGCAACGGAGGAGCCUCCACCUCGAAUGCCCCAACACCGGGCGUUGUGAUCUCGGCAGCGACGUUAGAUUCUGCAGGGGCAGCGUGGCGUUCGUCUCCCUUUCUAUCCCCCUCAUCUUCCUGUUUCCCCUCAUCCCCUCGGGCGUGGCCGCCAUUGGCGAGCGAAGCAAAAGUAAAGCUAAUAACAGAUUAUGCAGGCUCUUGAUGAAACGCCGGCGGGAGCACAUCGAGUGCGAAUCUAGGCCGGACCUCGGCUGCCUCAUCUACGGCACCAAGGUCUGCGUCCACCGCCGUUCUGUGGCGCAGCGUUGGGCCCGGCGGCUACGGACCAUCCUCACUGCGGAGCUCUGGUGGCUUCUCGUCGCGGCGAUACCCCUUCUCUGCUGCGGUGCCUGGAUUUUGGAGAUGCUGGGGACGGAUCAAGGUAACCAGGAGAGCACAACGCCGACACAGCUAGCCACCUAA